CCACACAAACCUACCUCCUGUUUUUAUAGAUUAGCCGCCCGAGUCGUGUGGCCUGCUCGCGUAUCUCUCUCUCUCUCUCUCUCUCUUGAUUUUCAGACAAUCACUCUUUUUUCUCGCUUCUCACCAAAACAAAGCUAUGGGAAAGUGCUACCCUGCUGUGAGUGAAGAGUACAAUGUCGCUGUUGACAAAUGCAAGAGAAAGCUUAGAGGGCUCAUUGCUGAGAAGAGUUGUGCUCCUUUGAUGCUUCGUCUAGCGUGGCACUCAGCUGGUACUUAUGACCAUAGCACCAAGACUGGUGGUCCUUUUGGGACAAUGAGACACAAGGGUGAGCUCGCACAUGGUGCCAACAAUGGCCUUGACAUUGCUGUCCGUCUUUUGGAGCCUAUCAAGGAGCAGUUCCCCAUCCUCUCUUAUGGCGACUUCUAUCAGUUGGCUGGAGUUGUUGCUGUCGAGAUUGCAGGAGGGCCUGAUGUUCCAUUUCACCCUGGAAGGAAGGAUCUAAGUGAGCCACCAGUUGAAGGCCGUCUUCCUAAUGCUACAUUGGGAAAUGACCAUUUGAGAGAUGUGUUCGUGAAACAAAUGGGACUUUCUGACAAGGAUAUUGUUACUCUUUCUGGCGGGCAUACUCUGGGAAGGUGUCACAAGGAGCGAUCUGGGUUUGAAGGACCCUGGACUAGCAAUCCUCUCAUCUUCGACAACAGCUACUUCAAGGAACUCUUGACUGGGGAAAAAGAAGGGCUUCUGCAAUUGCCUACUGAUAAAGCUCUCCUUCAGGACCCUGUCUUCCGUCCUCUUGUGGAAAAAUAUGCUGCGGAUGAGGAUGCUUUCUUUGCCGAUUACGCAGAAUCUCACAUGAAACUCUCUGAAUUAGGAUUUGCCGAGGCCUAAAGCUACUGCUCAGCUGAGAUUUUGGAAGGACUGCCUACUGCUUUGUAAUUUCAUAUUAUGUCAUGUAUUGAAUUUGAUGAAACUUGGGUUUGAACUUUGUUGAUGAGAUCUGCAGUCCCUUUUA